AUUUUUGUUGAUACACCGCGCGUAGCAUUGUAAACAAACCGGUGUCUUGAAUCUGUUUUUUUCAGCUGAAUCACCUCAAUAAUAUCAAAUUUACGGACUGUUUCAAGAGGAAAUAAUAAAGAUGAAACUUUACGCAUUAAGUGGGGAUCCAGCAAAGCCGUGUUAUGUGCUGAGCUUCAAGGAUUUGUUGAUCAUGCUUGAUUGUGGUCUCUCGGUCAGUUCAGUUCUUAAUUUUCUUCCGUUACCCUUAGUGCAAAGUGCCAAGUUCCAAACAAUGCCAAACUGGAACUGUCGCGAUCCUGACAUUCAGCUGGAAGAUGGGGAAAUCAAAGAAUGUUGUGGUUGCGCUUUCGUUAACUCAGCUCCGGAGUUUAUUCCUCCACUGGAUAAAAUAGUGAACUUUUCAGAAAUCGAUAUAAUUCUUAUUUCAAACUACACCAACAUGAUGGCGCUACCUUUCAUAACCGAAGAAACUGGAUUUACGGGAACUGUUUACGCGACGGAGCCAACACUGCAAAUCGGAAGAUUCUUUCUCGAAGAACUGGUCGAAUACAUAGAGGCAUCCCCGAAAGAAACAAUCGCUAGCACAUGGAAAGACAUCCAGCAUCUUUUGCCACCGCCUUUGAACGAUGUGCUGAAGCCAAAAAAUUGGAGACACUUAUUCAGUAUGGAUGCCGUCAAUAAAAGCUUAGCAAGGGUACAAAUGACGGGAUAUGACCAGAAGCUGGACAUAUUCGGUGCACUACAGGUAACACCUGUUAGUUCCGGCUUUUGCUUGGGAUCGAGCAAUUGGAUAAUAGCUUCUGGUCAGGAGAAAAUAUCAUACAUUAGUGGCUCUUCUACGCUAACUACACAUCCGAGACCGAUUAAUCAGGCAGCGCUCAAAUAUUCAGAUGUUGUAAUUAUGACUGGAUUGACACAAGCUCCUCAUGUAAAUCCGGAUGGUAUGCUAGGAGAGUUAUGCAUGAACGUAGUAAUGACAUUGAGAAAUGGUGGCUCAGUUCUGAUUCCUUGCUAUCCUUCUGGGGUCGUUUAUGAUCUGUUUGAAUGCUUAUCUUCUAGUUUAGAUAAUCAAGGAUUCUCACAGAUACCGAUGUUCUUCAUCUCUCCAGUAGCGGACAGUUCCUUAGCUUACUCGAAUAUUCUGGCAGAAUGGCUUUCUACGUCCAAGCAGAACAAAGUGUAUAUUCCAGAUGAACCGUUUCCACAUGCUAGUCUGGUAAAGAAUGCCAAACUUAAGCACUUCAAACACAUUUACUCAGAGGGCUUCAGUACGGAAUUUCGCCAACCAUGCGUUGUUUUUUGCGGUCACCCAAGUUUACGCUUCGGAGACGCUGUUCAUUUUGUCGAGCUAUGGGGAUCUAACCCUCAACAUACGAUUAUCUUUACCGAACCUGACUUCCCUUACCUGCAAGCUCUAGCACCUUAUCAGCCGUUGGCUAUCAAAACAGUGUAUUGUCCAAUCGAAACUUCCCUCAAUUUCCAACAAGCAAAUAAGCUGAUCAAGGAAUUGAAACCUGGAGUACUGGUUAUUCCGGACAACUAUACACAACCGCCAGUGAUUGCUCCUCACAAGCUGGAUCUAGUAAUCGACCAGGUGCCGGAUAAGAUGAUUAUCAAAUUCAAACGCGGUGAAGUGAUAAAGCUACCUCUGAAACGAAAACGUUCCCGUAUCUACCUGGAUCCUCAAAUCGCCCGCUCGUUAGUUCCCCACGAAGUACAACCGGGAGUUACCAUCUCUACCGUGACCGGUGUUUUACGCGUGAAAGAUAACAUUCAUGAUCUCCACCCACUGGAACCCAGUCCAGAGGAAGCCCUGGAAGAACAAAAAGCCGCUAAACUUUCACAUUUGCAGCCUCCAACUAAGCUUCGCUAUCGUAACGUUAAGUACGAAUGGGGCACGCUGGAUGUGAAUUUGUUUCUCAAAAAGCUAGCCCAGGAUGGCAUAACGGAUAUCAAGGUGGAGCAGGGUGGAGUCGAUGAAAUUACGCUGCAUCUGCCUAGCGAAGACACCAUGGUGAAGGUGAGCGAAAAGAGUACCAGUAUCGUGUGUGGCGGGAAGCAGAGUUUAAGGCUUAAACUACGUGAUUUACUGCUGCAGUGUGUGCAAAAUUUCUGAGUUUUUUCUUUGUAAGAGAAAUUUUAAAUUAAUAAAUGCUAGGUUGGUAUAGUUUUACUUACUUCCAAUAUGUUUUCUGAAAUAGUUGUGCUCAAAGUUGAUAACUUUUUUUUAACUAGACUGGCUAAAUGGAUUACAAGGUAUGAAACAAGCAAAUUUAAUACUUAGUAUGGCUUUGGUAGAUGAUUGUAAACAUGUCUUCGAAAAAGAAACGAAUUAGAAGAAUGAAUUUCAGAGGGAAGACUGUUUGAACAAAAAAUAUAAACUGAAAUUUAUUACAAAAAUAUAGGUUAGUUAGUUGAUCGUUACAAAAUCUCUUCUAAAAUCAAAAAUAUAAAAAAGGAAGUUCUACGUCGAUACUGAUGAUAUCAAUGUCGUCCACAAAACCAAGAAUCAUGUGAGAUUUCGUAAUGAUCGACCGUUUCCUUGCACGUUUGCUUUUCGUACUGCACCUUCAAGGGCGAUGGCGAUGUAGAAUAGUAAGCUGGAGCUCGCAUCCCCCUGCUAACGUUACGAACGCGACUGAUAUCGCGCCAGUUAUCCGCACGCGUGGUUUCGAUCCCUCCAGCUUAAUCAGUUUUGUCGGGAAACCGUGUUCCAGCAUAACAUACCACAGCUCUUUUUUUUAAAUAAAGGGGAUUUGUUAGUAGCUUAUUUAUGAUAAAUAUUAGUAAAUAAUGAGUAUGUGUGUCCAAUCACAAAUGGUAACUUCUCAAAACUGUUAGAAAUUUGUAAUUUCAAUUAUUAGGAUUUGUUUGCUAUCGCAAUUAAAACUUAUCAUUCGUAGGGAUUUAAACCUACUUGCUACUUGUUAAUAAUUGCAACUGCCAACUAGGGGGACAAGGGGCAAGAUGAGCACCUUAAGCUUCUUAUCAAAUUGUUAGGGCAAAGUGAGCAAAAAGCUACUGAAUACAUCUUUACUACAUAGAGUAAGAAUAAUACUCAAGAGUUGCUACAUUGGAAAUUGAAGAAAAAGGUUAUUUGAAUAUUUAUAAAUAAUUUCCUGAGCCACUAAAAAAUAUGAUGCUGGUCGCGGUACGGGAUAAAUUGGGCAUACCUAUGGGGCAUAAUGGGCAUGUUCAUAUUUUUCGAUUUCAAGCAAACAUUCAACAAUGUAUUAAUGUAUCAUACAAUCGUAGGUACCGAAACAAAGUUUCCCUUUCCUGUUUCACUAUUUAUACUCCAAAACAGCUUACUUUUUUAACCUUUUUCAAUUUGAAAAUUAUCUAUGAAUUAGCC